AUGACUCAUUCUCAUUUCCAUACAAUUGCAAAUACAAAUCCAAAUAACUUGCCACCAAUCUCCCAACCAGCUGAAGUUGCAAAAUGGGCAAAAUAUAAAGCUGAUUCUAUGAUGCGUCAAUGGGAAUUUCAAGUCAAUUUAUCAAAAGGUUUAGACCAUUUUUAUGGUGCAAACUUGGCAGAUAAACAAUUUUGGCCAGCUAGUACCGGUGGAAUGUAUCCAAAUCUUAUAUCAUAUCUGGAACUGGUACUUAAUAAACAAAAUACUAUAACACUAAAUGAUCUUGACUCUGAUUUAAUCAACCUUUUGAGGAACAUGAAUAGUCAUGAAGGAGUUGUUUCUACAAAAAGACAUCAGCUUGAAAUAAAUAAUCAAACUAUGAUGAAUUUGGAUGAAACGAUGAAAAUGCCUAAUUAUGAUCGUGCCCAAGAAGCAAUAUCCACAAAAGAAGCUUGCACCAUAUGCACCGAUUUGUUGGAUUUUAACCGUGGAAAUGAUAUUGUAGAAUUGAACAAUUGCUCGCAUAUUUUUCAUAGAAAUUGUAUAGAAACUUGGUUGAGAACUCCUACUUCACAAAAAAUUUGUCCGAAUUGUAAAAAACCUUGCUAUAACUCCACAUCAAAAACAACAGCAGUCGGAACCAUGCCUGAUGGUGAAAUGGCAUAUUUUUUUAGUGAUAGGCUGGGUGCUUGGUUUAUUUGUUAUUUUAUUCCACACGGCACACAAUCAUCAUUUCACCCUUCACCUGGACUUCCGUUCAGAGGAACUAUACGUACUGCUGUUUGUCCUAUCUAUUCUAAAUGGGGUCCUUUGCUAUUCAUUCGUCUGGUGACAGCAUUCUACUAUCGUCACACUUUCUCUGUUGGUACUUCACUUACUACUAACUUGUCGGAUACUACAAUAUGGAAUGGUAUUCAUCAUAAAACUUGUAUUGAUGGAUUAUUUGGAUUUCCAGAUCCUGAAUAUGAAACAAGGGUUUCUAGUGAAUUGGAUUCAAAAGACAUUUUGGUGUUUUUACAUGAUAUAAUACAAUAA